CUACCGAAUAAAAGGAGCUCAGAUUCUUAACUUGAAUGUCGCUGCUCAAUCUGCUCUUCUUCAACUUUGAAAUCAUAAACAAAAUUACUCGAAGUUACCAGAAUGGGGGAAAUAGAUAGAACUAUGGUUAUCACUCUUUUUCUCUGUCUUUUGUUUCCUAUCGUCUUUUCCACACCCAAUGAUAGAUUGGUCAGAAUUGGACUAAAAAAGAGAAAACUUGAUCGGAGUGAACUGUUAACUGCUCGAUCUUAUUCCAAGGAGGGAGAAGCAUUGAGAGGUUAUCUUGGAAAGUAUCAUCAUCUUGGAAACUUACAAGAUUCAAAUGAUAUCGAUAUUGUGGCACUAAAGAACUACAUGGAUGCUCAGUACUUUGGUGAAAUUGGUAUUGGCACACCACCACAGAAAUUCACUGUAAUUUUUGACACUGGCAGUUCUAAUUUGUGGGUGCCUUCAUCUAAGUGUUAUUUCUCGAUAGCUUGCUAUUUCCAUUCAACUUAUAAGUCAAAGCGUUCGCAAACGUAUAAAGCUAAUGGUAAACCGGCAGCUAUUCAAUAUGGCACUGGAUCCAUUUCUGGAUUCUUUAGUGAAGACUAUGUAACAGUUGGCGAUCUUGUAGUUAAAAAUCAGGAGUUUAUCGAGGCAACACAAGAGCCCAGCUUAACAUUUUUGCUUGCCAAAUUUGAUGGUAUACUUGGUCUUGGAUUUCGAGAGAUUUCGGUGGGAGAUGCUGUGCCUAUGUGGUACAAUAUGGUCAAUCAAGGUCUUGUUAAGCAACCAGUUUUUUCAUUUUGGUUUAACCGCAACCCCGAGGAUGAUUUUGGCGGGGAAUUGGUAUUUGGCGGGAUUGAUCCUAAACAUUUCAAGGGAGAACAUACUUAUGUUCCUGUAACACAGAAAGGAUACUGGCAGUUUGAUAUGGGUGAUUUCCUGAUUGGUAAUGAAACAACAGGAUUUUGUGCCGGUGGCUGCAGUGCUAUUGCUGACUCAGGCACUUCAAUGUUGGCUGGUCCUACGGGUAUCAUUACUCAAAUCAAUCAUGCUAUCGGAGCAUCAGGGGUUGUAAGUCAAGAAUGCAAGGCUGUAGUUUCUGAAUAUGGUGAUAAAAUAAUUGAUAUGCUAAUAGAGAAGGACCAACCGAGGAAAAUUUGCUCGCAGAUAGGUCUGUGCAUGUUUGAUGGAACUCAAGGUGUAAGUAUGGGGAUCGAAAGCAUUUUAACUGAGAAUGUUGGAAAAGCCUCUGGCGGUUUACGUGAUUCUAUGUGUUCUGCCUGUGAGAUGGCAGUUGUAUGGAUGCAAAACCAGCUUACGAAGAACCAGACAGCCGAGCGUAUACUUGACUAUGUCAAUCAGCUCUGUGAUCGGAUACCUAGUCCAAUGGGAGAAUCAAGUAUUGAUUGUAAAAGUCUUUCAUCUAUGCCUAACGUUUCCUUCACAAUUGGCGGAAAAUUAUUAGAGCUCAGCCCUGAGCAGUAUAUCGUGAAAGUGGGCGAGGGCGAUGCCGCUCAAUGCCUCAGUGGAUUCACAGCUCUGGAUGUACCACCUCCCAGCGGACCUCUCUGGAUCCUCGGCGAUGUCUUUAUGGGCCAGUUCCAUACCGUAUUUGACUACGGGAACAUGCAAGUUGGAUUUGCCGAGGCUGCGUAAGCGAAUCUUCUCUACAUUUGAACGCCUCAGCUUUACUGCAGUGUUUGUAGUACUCUUGAAAGUUAAUACCGUGCGCACACAAUAAUUGACAUGUAAAUACUUCGUGCAGCACGAUCUGUAAUUUUCCCUGGAUUGUUUCUUGUUAUGCUCUUUGGUUAAGGAAAAGAUUCCACGAGACCCUUCCC